GGGCAAAGGCAAAGAGGAUGUAUAUGGAAAAUCCAUGGUUAAGGAUUUUGCCACAUUUGAAGUUGAAUUUGGAUAAACUGAGCUUGUAUAGUGAGGUUAGGAGUCAGCCAAAAGCUGGUUGUUUGUCUAGCAUUGAAAGCAUUGUUUAUGCUUUGAAGGCAGUUGGGGAUAAUCCUGAAGGUUUGGAUAGUCUUUUGGAUGUUUUCGAGUCCAUGGUAGGAGAUCAGAGGCGGUGCAAAGAUGAGAGAUUGAGGAAAGAACAUGUUAUUUAAUUACAAUUUUACCCUUUACUAGUUACUACAAGCUGAUUAUCAUGCAUUAAUCUUUAGAAUUCAUAGGUGUUGUUUCCUCUGUCAUCGUGUAGAAGCAAAUGCUUGUAAAGGUUCUCUCAUGGCCUCUCAAAGCCCCAACCAAAAACCCGAAAUAUUCUCCAUUCAUUUAUUUCUUUCGUUUCUUGAGCCAGACACUCUCUCAAGACCCUUAUGAUCCUCCAUUCACUCUCGCUUGCAAACCCAAAAAGACAACAAAGGAAGGUCCGCAGACAAAGGAAAAUCCGAAUAAGGACCCGAAACUCCCUCAAAAAUCCGAUCUUCCUUUUGACUUUAGAUACUCCUACUCAGAGUCCAACCCGGGUGUUGAGCCAAUUGGGUAUCGUGAACCAAAACGGUUUUCGCCAUUCGGGCCGGGUCGGCUUGAUCGGAAAUGGACGGGGACUGCUGCUCCGUUUCAAGCAGAGGUAGAUAUGGAGAAGAUAAUGGAAGAGAGGAAUCGGGUUCUUGGGGACCCGCUCACCGAGGAGGAGGCGGAGUACCUGGUUGAGCGGUAUCGGCACAGCGAUUGUUCCAGGCAAAUUAAUCUAGGGAAGGGGGGAGUCACUCACAACAUGUUGGAUGAUAUCCACAAUCACUGGAAGAGAGCAGAAGCUGUGAGAAUCAAGUGCUUGGGAGUGCCUACCCUUGAUAUGGACAAUGUCUGCUUCCAUCUUGAGGACAAAUCUGGUGGGAAGAUCAUCUACCGGCAUAUUAAUAUACUGCUUUUAUACCGAGGUCGAAACUAUGAUCCAAAGAGCCGGACUGUUAUACCUGUAAUGUUGUGGAAGCCUUAUGCACCCAUAUACCCAAAGCUUGUCAAGAAUGUAGCUGAUGGCCUGACAUUUGAAGAAACAAAAGAAAUGAGAAAUAGAGGACUCAAUUCUCCUGCUCUAAUGAAACUUACCAGGAAUGGUGUGUAUGUAAAUGUAGUGGAGAGAGUGCGAGAAGCCCUCAGGGCUGAGGAGGUAGUGAGGCUAGAUUGCACCCAUGUUGGCACCAGUGAUUGCAAAAAGAUUGGUGUGAAGCUAAGGGAUUUGGUACCAUGUGUUCCUAUUUUAUUCAAGGAUGAGCAGAUUAUACUGUGGAAGGGCAAGAGAGAUGAGGAAUAAGAACCAUCACUGCUUGAUGGCAGCUUUAGGAGUUAUAGCAUUUGCAAGGUGGCAUUGCUUCUUGGCAAAUUUUGAGUUGGCUGCAGCUUGGAGUUCUUAAAUUUGGUGAAUAACCUGUUGUUUGGCAACCCAAUCCUUCCUCGCAAAACUAACCCUUGUCAUGACUAUUUGUUAACAAAUGUAUAGAAUUUCAAAAUGCCUGAGUCUGGUUAUUGCUCGAUACUUGGAGAAAUUGGGAGGGAUUAGUUCUAAUGGCCAGAACAUAGCACCAUUGUAAUAGGGUUGUUAACGAAGUUGUUAAUUUUUAGUUUUGUGAAGGGCAUUUACUGAUGCGGUUCAUGUGUCUAAUAGUUUGUAGAGGUGAUAAGAUUUGUAUUUGAUGUGAUUUUCACUUAAUAAGAAAACAACGAUUCCAGCCUGUUCACUCA